CGAAAUGUAAAAUACAUUUACAAACUGUCGGCUUGAGAGAAUUUUAUUUUUAGUUAAUUAUUAAUUUAUUAAACGUGUAAAUGAUUGUUAUGAAUAAUUUAAUAACCCAUUUCUUGUGAAAAGUAGAAAAUUCAUUAAGCUAAGAUGGCUACUGACAAAGUUACACUUACUGAUGCUCUUUCAAAUGUUGAUGUUCUCGAUGAACUUACAUUACCUGAUGAACAACCUUGUAUUGAAGCACAACCCUGCUCUAUUGUUUAUCAAGCCAACUUUGACACUAAUUUUGAAGAUCGAAAUGGUUUUGUAACUGGAAUAGCUAAAUAUAUUGAGGAAGCAACUGUCCAUGCUAGUUUGAAUGAACUUUUAGAAGAAGGGCAGGAACAUGCUGUCAUGUUAUAUACUUGGAGAUGUUGCUCCAGGGCUAUACCACAGCCUAAAUCAAAUGAACAACCUAAUCGUGUUGAAAUCUAUGAAAAAACUGUUGAAGUUUUAGCUCCUGAAGUGAAUAAACUUCUAAAUUUUAUGUAUUUUCAGCGUAAAGCUAUUGAGAGAUUUUCUGCAGAGGUUAAACGUUUAUGCCAUACAGAGAAGAGAAAAGAUUUUGUGUCAGAGGCGUAUCUCCUGACUUUAGGAAAAUUCAUCAACAUGUUUGCUGUUCUUGAUGAAUUAAAAAAUAUGAAAUCCAGUGUCAAAAAUGAUUAUUCUACUUACAGAAGAGCUGCUCAAUUUUUAAAGGUUUUAGCUGAUUCUCAUACAUUACAAGAAUCCCAAAAUCUCUCAAUGUUUCUGGCUACACAAAAUAAAAUACGUGAUACUGUAAAGGAAAAUCUGGAAAAAAUUUGUGGAUAUGAAGAUCUUCUUUCUGAUGUUGUAAAUUUAGCUGUUCAUAUGUUUGAUACACGAAUGUAUUUAACUCCCAAUGAAAAGCACAUGCUUGUAAAGGUAAUGGGCUUUGGUCUUUUUCUGAUGGAUAAUGAAGCAUGCAAUAUCAAUAAACUUGAUCAAAAAAAGAAAUUGAAUUUGGGGAAAAUAGAUAGGAUAUUCAAGAAUCUUGAAGUUGUUCCUCUUUUUGGUGAUAUGCAAAUAGCACCUUUCAAUUAUAUUAAACGAAGUGCUCAUUUUGAUGCCAGCAAAUGGCCUCUUUCCAGUUCUCCUGCUAUUAGUCCUCAAGCAGAACUGAUGAUUCAUUUGCCUCAAAUUAGAGAGGAUCACGGCAAAUAUAUUAGUGAACUUGCAAGAUAUAGUAACGAGGUUACUACUACUUACAAAGAAUCUCGCACAGAUGCAGAAAAUAAAGAAACUGCUGAUUUAGCUUUAAGAGGCUUACAGUUACUUUCUGAAUGGACCAGUGUUGUCACAGAAUUAUAUUCUUGGAAAUUAUUACAUCCUACUGACCAUCAUCAAAAUAAAGAGUGCCCACCUGAGGCAGAAGAAUAUGAAAGAGCUACACGGUAUAAUUAUACUGCUGAAGAAAAAUUUGCUCUCAUUGAAGUUAUCGCUAUGGUCAAAGGGCUACAAGUAUUAAUGGCUCGUAUGGAAACCGUAUUCACUGAUGCAAUUAGACGUAACAUAUAUGCUGAGCUUCAAGAUUUUGUCCAAAUUGGUUUAAGGGAGCCCCUCAGAAAAGCUAUUAAAAACAAAAGGGAAUUAAUCAGAAGUAUUAUAGUUUCAGUUCGAGAAACCUGUGCUGAUUGGCAAAGAGGUGUAGAACCACAAGCAGAUCCAGCUCUCAAAGGUAAAAAGGAUACUGAUACUGGAUUUGGUAUUCCCAAGGUCCCUCGUAGAAAUGUUGGUCCUUCUUCUACUCAAAUGUAUAUGGUGAGGACUAUGUUAGAAUCUCUUAUUGCUGAUAAAUCAGGCGGAAAAAGAACUUUGAGGAAAGAUAUUGAUGGCCAGUAUUUAGUUCAAAUUGAUCAGUUUCAUAAAAAUUCAUUUUUUUGGAGUUAUCUUUUGAGUUUCAGUGAAUCUCUGCAGCAAUGUUGUGAUCUCUCACAAUUAUGGUAUCGGGAAUUCUAUUUGGAAAUGACAAUGGGAAGAAGGAUCCAGAAAUGCACAGUUCGCCAUCAACAUAAUGAGGAAUGUAGUGAUUUGAUCACAAUGGAAAAAAGAAUACAGUUUCCUAUUGAAAUGUCUAUGCCUUGGAUCUUAACUGACCAUAUUUUAAGAACAAAAGAACCCUCAAUGAUGGAGUAUGUUUUGUAUCCGCUGGAUUUGUAUAAUGACAGUGCUCAUUAUGCCUUAACUGUUUUUCGUAAGCAGUUCUUAUAUGAUGAAGUUGAAGCCGAAGUGAACCUCUGCUUUGAUCAAUUUGUUUACAAACUUAGUGAACAGAUUUUUACACAUUACAAACAACUUGCUUCCAGUAUUUUAUUAGACAAACGAUUUCGUGUGGAAUGUGUUGCUCAAUGUAUGGGAACUUAUUUACUGCCUUACCCAAGGGCUAAUCGUUAUGAAACUUUGUUGAAACAACGCCAUGUGCAGCUGUUAGGAAGAUCUAUUGAUCUCAAUAAACUUAUAACUCAAAGAAUCAAUGCUGAUAUGCAAAAAGCUCUUGAUUUAGCUAUAAGCAAAUUUGAAGCUGGUGAUAUCACAGGUGUUGUUGAACUAGAUGGCUUAUUACAAGUUAAUAGAGUUUGCCACAAACUUCUUAGCAAAUUUCUUGCAUUAGAUGAUUAUGAUGCUAUGUUUCGAGAAGCAAAUCAUAAUGUUUUGGCUCCAUAUGGAAGGAUAACUCUUCAUGUAUUUUGGGAACUAAAUUAUGAUUUUCUUCCCAAUUACUGUUACAAUGCAGCAACUAACAGAUUUGUGAAGUGUAAAGGAAUUACUUUUACCCAACCAGUUCAAAGAGACAAACCUCCUCAAAUGGGUUACCAAUAUUUAUGGGGCAGCAAACAUCUGAAUCUUGCAUAUUCCACAAUUUAUGGACAGUAUAAUGGAUUUGUUGGGGCUUGUCAUAUGCGAUCGAUUUGUCGUCUUCUGGGAUAUCAAGGUAUAGCUGUAGUAAUGGAGGAGCUGUUGAAAAUUGUUAAAAAUCUCAUACAUGGUAAUCUCCUGCAGUUCACCCGAAUACUUAUGGAUGCUAUGCCUAAAGUUUGUAAACUUCCUCGCUAUGAUUAUGGGUCUCCAGGUGUUUUAGGUUAUUAUCACGCUCAAUUAAAUGACAUUGUACAGUAUCCAGAUGCCAAAACAGAAUUAUUUCACAACUUUCGAGAACUCGGAAAUACCAUUUUAUUUUGUUUAUUGAUGGAACAAGCCUUAUCUCAAGAAGAAGUAUGUGAUUUAUUACAUGCAGCUCCUUUCCAAAACAUUUUACCUCGUCCUUAUUGUAAAGAUGGUGAGAAGCCAGAAACUAAACAGAAAAGAUUAGAAGCAAAAUAUGCAUCAUUACAGAUUGUUCCUAACAUCGAAAGACUUGGAACUCCUAAGCAAUCCCAGAUUGCACGAGAAGGAGACCUUUUAACUAGAGAGAGGUUAUGCUGUGGACUUUCUAUUUUUGAAGUAGUAUUAUCCAGAUUACGUGGAUUUUUGAAUGAUCCUGUUUGGAUUGGACCACCCCCCUCAAAUGGUGUAAUGAACAUUGAUGAAUGUACUGAGUUCCAUCGACUGUGGUCAGCAUUGCAAUUUGUUUAUUGUAUUCCUGUUGGUGAAACCGAAUUUACUGUGGAAGAACUAUUUGGUGAAGGGCUUAAUUGGGCUGGCUGUACUAUGGUUGUGUUAUUAGGCCAGCAAAGGCGUUUUGAAGCUCUUGACUUUUGUUACCAUAUUCUCCGUGUUCAACGAGUUGAUGGAAAAGAUGAGAAUGUAAAAGGAAUACACUUGAAGCGUAUGGUGGAUAGAGUUCGAAGGUUUCAAGUAUUGAAUUCUCAAAUAUUUGCUACUUUAAACAAAUAUUUAAAAUCUAGUGAUGCUGACUCUAUGUCUGUAGAGCAUGUCCGUUGUUUUCCUCCUCCAAUACAUCCUUCGAUUGCUCCUCAGACUAUUUACUACAGACCAGAUCAGAACCUACACAACUAAUAUAUCACCUAAAUUGUUGGAAAUACUGGAAACUUUUAUGUAUAAAUUUGUAAAUAAUUAUGUUAGUACAAUUUAAAAUUAUUUUAAUUCUAAUUUAUGUUAAUAUUCUUUAAAUUUAUCAUUAUAAUCUUGUAUUUCAUAUUACUUAAGAAUAUUUAUUUUAAUUUAUUAAAAAAUCAUUUCUCAUAUUCCUUACAAAUGUAUUAUUGAAUCAUGUCUAAACACCUA